UGGGGCAGCUCCCUCAUGUCCCUCCUUCUCGCGUCCCCGGGCUCAGGGGCGGACUGGCUCUGGCAGGGCAGACCUGGGGCCGCGCGCCCCCCGGCGUGGGAGCGGCGGGCGCAGGGGGCGGAGUCCGUGGAGGACGGCGGUGUCCUUGCGGCGCGGCGCCGGGUGCGCAUUUGUGUACGCCAGGCGGUCGGCGCGGAGCGUCGGGUUCUGAUACGUGGAGUGGCGGCAGCGCUCACCAUGUUGUCUCGGGCAGCGCGCAGCACGAGCAGGACGCUGGUGCCGGCGCUGGGGUCGCUGGGUUCCAGGCAGAAGCACAGCCUCCCCGACUUGCCGUACGAUUAUGGCGCCCUGGAGCCUCACAUCAACGCCCAGAUCAUGCAGCUGCACCACAGCAAGCACCACGCGACCUACGUGAACAACCUGAAUGCCAUCGAGGAGAAGUAUCUGGAGGCGCUGGAGAAAGGUGACAUUACAGCUCAGGUAGCUCUUCAGCCUGGGCUCAAGUUCAAUGGCGGAGGCCAUAUCAAUCAUUCCAUCUUCUGGACAAACCUGAGCCCUAAGGGUGGUGGAGAACCCAAAGGGGAAUUGCUGGAGGCCAUCAAACGUGAUUUUGGUUCCUUCGAAAAAUUUAAGGAGAAGUUGACCACUGUAUCCGUUGGCGUCCAAGGCUCAGGUUGGGGUUGGCUUGGUUUCAAUAAGGAACAGGGACGCUUGCAGAUUGCUGCUUGUUCUAACCAGGAUCCGCUGCAAGGAACAACAGGUCUUAUUCCACUACUGGGGAUCGAUGUGUGGGAGCACGCUUAUUACCUUCAGUAUAAAAAUGUCAGACCAGAUUACCUAAAAGCUAUUUGGAAUGUAAUCAACUGGGAGAAUGUAACGGAGAGAUACAUGGCUGGCAAAAAGUAAAACAUGAUCAUUACACUGAGCAAAAUAAGCUUUUCACGACUAUUUUUGUGGUAGUGCAGAGUACCAUAGUAUACCAGUUGGCUGCUCUUUGUAGCAUUUCUUAACGUAGCUUGUUCAGGCGUUUGAUGAACAUGAUUUAAUGCUAUGAACUUCUUGGUUUCCAAUUUUGUUAUUGGGCAACUGAAAAUAGUAAGUGCUUUGUGUGAUUUAGUCUUUCGAUUGAACAUCUUCUUCCAAGAGCUGAAACAGCCAACAGGUUAUCAUUGCCACCAUAAAGCCGUCAGAAAGAUCUCAUCCCUAUCCUCUUAGGGCCUCUGGGGAAGCAUUUUGCCCCUGUUCUGUUGUACUUGUAGAAAACCUGGUCCUUUGCCCACGUUUAAUGAUAAAAGAUUAAAUUUGUCUCCCAAGGGAAACGUUCAGUUUUUCUAUUGAAAAUGGCUCUUUUUGUAAGUAAUCUUCUGUCUCGUAGUCCUAGUGGUAGAUAUCACCCAUGGGCCUUUAAUUAUUUUUGGUCACAUGUUCCACAGGGUUAACACCAUUCUGUCUUUUAAAACGUGUCACUUGAUUGCUAACUUGAGAAUUGCUCUAAUUUAUAAAAAGGAAAUUGUCGUGCAUUUGAAUCUUUCUGUUGGGAGAAAUAAAAAGACUUUUGUGUGACAUUUUGUCAUCAAACAUAGAAGUAUGUGUUAGGUACCUGCUCAAAACGGACAAAUCCGGGCCUUGUUGUUAAAAUGAAUGUUGGGAAUGAGGCCACAGACCAUCUGGCCAGGCCCUUGGCCCCCGUUUCCUCACUGUUCACGCGUGCCGCUCUGCAGAGCAGCAGCCUGGGCUGGGUACUGCCUUCCCAGAGUGCUUGGUUUCUGGAUGUGGGCAGUGGCCUGUCCCUGCCCAGAAACAGUGCUUCUCAAAGACUUGUUUUGAGUUAUUCCAUCAUUUUUUAUCUUUUCUUUUAAAAAACACAUGGUCACUAUAGAAGCUUUAUAUUGUAUAGUCCUUUAAAUAAAGGAAACAAUACCCAUAAUCCAGCGACAGCCUGUCAAAUUGUGUUCCUGUUUCGUGCCUGCAGGUGGGACUUUAAAUAUAGCAGGGAGCCUUUUGUAAUUUGGCUUAACAUUGUCAUAUGUUCCAUGUUCCAUCAUUUCCCUUAUUUUUGGUGGCAGUAUAAUUUAUCAAUUGGACACUUCCUAAUUUACAGUUCUGUUACUGAAUAUUUCAUUGCUUUCUAAUUAUCAUUUAUUGAAAUAAUGCUGUGAUGAGCAACCCACAUAGUUUUACCUUCUGUGGGAAUGUUUUUUCUAUAUAGGUUUUUUUUCUUAAACCUAUUUAGUAACUAGAUGUUUUCCCAAAUUAGUAUAUUUUUUUCCUUAAGUUUAUUCUAUGUUUUGCAUGGAAAAAUGGAGUCACUUAGCAGUUUCAAUAUUGAAGACUGAAGUUUAAAAAAAAUUUAAGGCACUUUUCUUUUAGAAUUCUUUAGAAUUCAAUUAGAAAGUAUUUAGGCUUUCUGAAUUGUCAGCAGUGUUGAUGAGACUAGUGAUAACUGUGUGUGUGCUUGUGGAUUGAAGACACUGGAGACUAGGAUUGCCAUCUGUUAUCUACCACAGUGAAGUGACUUCCACGGAGUGCAAAUGAGAGUCAUGUGCUUACCGCCUACAUGUAUACAUAUGUAUGCACGCAUACCUAUACACACACGCAGAGGCACGUAUGUACGUAUAUAUACACACAUAUAUGUAUAAGCAAGGCAGUGAACUCUGUUUAAACAGACCAUUUAGAAAAAUAGAACCUUUCUGGAAGAUGGGCUUUUGAAUACAAGUAGUCUGCCAGAUCCUGGUUUGUACUGAACUAGCAGAUACGCAGAGAUUACCGACUCAUAUAAAUCUCUUUGACUUUUAUUAAGCUUUAAGAUUUCAAAAAAAUUCAACGUUGAAAUUUCUAUGGGGCUCUAUUUUUGCUCUGAUUUUGUGUUGAGAGAACAAGAGAACUUUAUCUUACAGAUAAAGAUUUUAAUCAUCCAGCAGAAAAUGAGACUUCAAGAUUUUGUUUAGCCCUGCUUUUUCAUAACAGAAAAGAAAUAGAAGAGGUGAAAGCCAUUUCUUCUGAAAUGAACCAAGCAUUCAUUGUUCGUCCAGGAGGGAUUUUUGUGACCGAACCAACCAGCAGUGCCUGCUUUAGUCUUAAAUGUGCUUCAAACACCACGGUGUGGUUAGUGCUGUAAGAAAACAGGGCACGAGACAAAUACUGUCUGCAGUGGAAUCUGCUGCUUGAACUGUUGUGUAAUAAUUAAACUUCGAUGUUGAGAAAUUACAGUCUUAUUGCACACCUCAAAUUCAUGAUCUUAAAAUGAGAUUUGAGUUUCUGGUGGACACCUUUUAAAAGGUAACAUCAAGAUGAUAAAAUUAAGAUUGAUGUGAAUCGUGAGUCAUCUCAGACUAGGUCUAAAUAGAAAUUUUAUUUCCUGUUUUAAUUGCAGGGGAGCAACUGCUUUGGAAAGCUGCUUAGGUAAAUGUUUUAUAAAUCACUAUUUCUCAUUUUCAGUUACACCUAAUGAUUGGGCAAGCUAAUGUCCUGUGUUGUAAGGUACAUAUCAAACCUGGGAUGCAUUAAACAUCCUAUAAGGUCCUGGAUAGUUCUCAUUUAAUUAUUCAUUAGAGAAACAUUUAUUUUCCUAUUGUAAGUGUGAAGUUUUUUGAUUGUUAAUAAAAGAAUCUGUCAACUUUCAAAA